AAUGUAAAAAACAGUUUAAUACAAAAUUGAAAAUUCGACCUAACUAAUCAAAUCAAUUUGUAGUUCGUCUAAAUCUUUUUUUAUAACAAAUGUAAUGAUAAGUUAUAACAAGUUGCUAUUUUCAACCACUUGACGAUAGUCUAAUUAGUUAUUUCUUCGGAUUUAGAGUUACAAAGACUGAAGUCAGGAGUUCAAACCAACCACCGUUGUUCAAUAACAAUUUGUCUAAUAAAUUUGCUAAUGAAGUAAUCUCUGCAGUGCUGCAGGGACGGCCCUGGGGUGAGGCGAUAUGGAUUGUCACUCAAGCCCCCAAAUCCCUAGGGCCCCAUAUUAUAGUAGCUCAAACCCAUUUAAGCCCAAUUUAGAAAAAAUUAAACCAAUAACUCUCAGUCCGUUUCAAUUUGUUCAACCUCAACACGGAAAUCUAACCAGCUAGAAACAACUAUCCUGUACUUUCCGUGUGCAUUUCCUCUCUGUAAACAUAGAGAGUGUCGCAUAACCACUAAGCACAAUAUACAUAUGUUACUCCUGCCUAUACGACUCUUCUUAUUGACAAGCAUAUUUUGGCCGACUUUUUGUAUGCCCCAAAAACAAUGUAUAAAUUGACAUAGCCAUCUCUUAGGUUUCUGCAUUGGAUUAUCCAGCAACAAACUAUAGUUACAGAAUGGAGACAACCAACCUGUAUCAGCAUUGCUUUCUCCUCUGCAUCGCUGGAUUAGCAUUCAUCGGUCUUCAAUCCUGUGAUGCAAAGGUGAUGAUGGAGUACAUUGGAGCGACAGGCAAACCAGUUUCGUUCGUUUCAGUACCAAUUAGAGAAGGGAUAGACUUCCAUUUCAUACUUAGCUUUGCCAUUGAUGCAGACUCAUCAGGGAAGACACAGAAUGGCAUAUUCUCACCCUACUGGCUACAGACACUAACACCAGACUCAGUUGCAGACAUCAAGAAGAGGCAUCCAAAUGUAAAAGCCUUAGCCAGUCUUGCCGGCUGGAGCAUAUAUAACACAGUAAUCGUCUGGUAUAAUCCUCUAGACCCCCAAAAAUGGAUAUCUAAUGCUUUUGCAUCUCUCAAAGACAUAGUCAGCAAGUACCAUCUUGAUGGUAUUGACAUAGACUAUGAGAACUUUCCAAAAAAAGACAACAACAGUACAAUUUUUGCUUACUGCAUCGGUGAGCUGAUUACCCAGUUGAAGAAACAAAAGGUCAUUACAGUAGCGACAAUUGCGCCAUAUUACUUGACAGCUGAGCCUUACAUUGAGCUCUAUAAGAGGUAUGGAGGAGUUAUUGACUAUGUUAAUUAUCAAUUCUAUACUGAUAAAGUAGCCAAGACACCGGAAUUGUACUUGAAAGACUUUGCUGAUCGAGCGGAGGAAUUUGGUAAGGACAAGUUGUUGCCUAGCUAUGAAGUUAAUGGCAGGGGAAUUCAAGGUCAAGGAUUUUUCAAUGCUCUGAGUCUGUUGGAGAAAAAAGGUUUUGCAGUUAAUGGAGUGAUGAUUUUCUCGGCUGAUGCUUCUGGUGAGACCGAAUAUUACUAUGAGGUAACAUCUCAAGAUUUUUUGCUUAAAUCUGGUAAAUUGUGAAGGGAAAAAUCUAAGAACAUGUGAGGAAGAGUUAAUUCACUUGCAUUAGAUGAAUAAAUUUAUUGUUGAGAAGCUUCUAAGGUUGCUAUGAAGACAUUCAAGUAUGCUUGGAUACUUGUGCUUUAAUUUGCUUGCGUUUCAUUGUAAGGCUUUGUUUUUGCUGUUGUUUUUCCUAUACCGACCAAGAUAUGUUUUUAUCCCCA